CGUGCAAAUAUGCCCUAAUGCGAAACUAAAAACUAAAAAGCGCGGAAUUGUAUUUGAAACAAUUGUUGAUUGUUUAAAUAAAAUUAUUCGCCAACUCGGGUGAAAACCUAUGCCUCGUAAUGGCGGGACAGCGUACCUUAAGUUACAAGCAACUGACGGGUCGCAUACAUUCCGUUUACUGCAAAGAUUUCGUCUCCUACAGCGAGAUAACGUUCCACCCGAAGCACUAUCUUAAUGUCCUGACAGGUCCGAAUGGCAGUGGCAAGUCCACAAUUGUGUCAGCCAUUAUUCUGGGCCUGGGCGGGGAACCGAUUCUCCUGGAUCGCUCCGCCAGCGUUGCUGACUACAUACAGAGCAACAAAACCACGGCCACGAUUAUUGUUCGGGUUUACGGACGCGCAGCCAACACCACGGAGACCUUUCGGCGCAUCAUCAAGUCAAAUGGCUCGUCCACCUUCUCCGUAAAUGACAAGGACACCUCCAAGAAGAACUUCCUCGCGACCGUAUCCUCCUACAACAUACAAGUCAGUAAUUUAUGCCAGUUCCUCCCGCAGGAUCGGGUUCAGGACUUUUCCAAGAUGAAUCCUCAAGAGCUUCUUCUCAACACAAUGUCUUCCGUGUGCGACGAUGAACUUACCAACAGCUUCAAUCUUUUGAAGCAGAUGCGCACACAACAGGCAAAUACUCACUCCAACCGGGAAAAAGAGAAAAGUGAUCUUGCUAAAAAGCAAAAACGUUUGGAACAGUUGCAAAUGACCGUUGCCCAACAUAAAGAACGCGAAGAAGUCAAGCAAAAGUUGCAAAUAUACAGCGCCAAGAAAUUGUGGGUGGAGACCCUGGCUGGAGAAGCAAAAGCCGCACAGUUAAAACCCCAAGUUAAAAAGGCCAAAACUCAAAGCGACAAAUUAAAGGAGCAACACAACCAACUUGUUCAGGCACAAGAGCAAAUUCAGAGGACAAAGGUGUCCCUAAGAGAGGCUUGUUUGGAAAAGACGCGUUUAUUAGACAAAGCUGUUGCAGAUCGAAAUGCCAUAGAAAGUCAACUAGAUUCUCUAAAACAAGGGAUUCGAGAAAAUAAAUAUGAAUUGGAGCAAAACAUUCAAAAAUCAUUAAGAAAUGCCUCAGAAGCUGAUAAAGUAAAACAGUUACUGGAAAAUAAAAAUUACGAGUUAGAAGACUUCUACAAAAACAGACCCCAGAUUCUUUCAGAACUUGAAAGGGUUAAGGAAUCAUGCGCAGCGGCUCGUAGUAAAGCCAUGGAACAGUAUAAUAGACGAAAACAACUUGAACAACAACUAAAUGAUGAAAAGAUUCCAGAAAUUACAGCCUAUAAACAUAAAAUAGAACGACUGAGAAACGUGAAAAUGCAAAAAAUAGAAGAAAUAAGAAUGAAAAAUCCAAAUUUGGUUAAAGCUAUGAACUGGUUGGCACAAAAUAAACAGCGGUAUAAAUUAAACGUUUAUGACCCAAUGAUACUUGAGCUGAACGUAGAAAAUUAUGAAGACGCCAAAUAUCUGGAAAACGUUGUAUCGCAGCGCGAUUUAUUUGCCUUUGCAUGCGAGGACAAGGAAGAUAUGUCGGACUUAAUUAACGAGUUAUGUGUGAAGCAAAAAUUGGGAGUUAACAUUAUAUUUUGCGCCCCAGCCGAUAGGGUCAUGUAUAGUCCAAGUAUUUCAAAAAAUGAUCUGCGCUCCUUAGGUUUUCGUGCAUAUCUUGUGGAACUUGUUACCGGACCAAUACCCUUAAUAAACAAGCUGUGUGCCUCCUAUUCAAUUCAUAACAUUCCAAUUGGUUCCGAAGCCGUGGGCAAUAACACUUCAUCAAUUCCAAAAAACAUUCGAGUUUAUUUUGGCGGAAACAAGAAGUUUGUUGUGACAGCAUCUCGUUAUCGUUCCGAUACCAUUCUUACGGAGAGCACUAUCCGGGGAAAAAAUCAACUUAUUACAGUAGACUCACAACAAUUGGCUCAGGUGAUGAGACAGUGUUCCGAAGCUGUGAGAGAGAGCGACAACAUUAGGAACGCCAUAACGAAGACCGACAACGACUUUGAACGCUUACAAGCGGUUACAAAGGAUGAGCAAGAUAAAAAACGAAAGCUGGAUCAAAAGCUGACUCAUUUUAAUAAUCUUAAAAGCGAAGUUGAAACUCUCAGGAGGAAGUUGGAAAUCCUUCAGAAAAACGAUGCACUGGACGCUCUUAAAAAUAAUUUUAACAAAAGCUUGCAAAGAGAUUUUAAAAAAAUAAUUGAAAUAGAGAUCAAAUUGUGCAGUUGCUUGCAAACUGUAGAACGUCAUUUGAUUGAAAAGAAAUUGGCCCAGACAAAGUCUUCUGUUUAUAUGGUGCAACACGAGAGUCAAAGUGAAGCACUCAAGGAAAGCGAGCAACUGAGUAUAUCAGCAACCAGGGACUUCCAAAAAUUAAUGCAGAGCUUGGAAGAUCAGAUCAGCGAUGUUAACAAACGAAAGAGCGAUAUCCAGCGGCUUUGCGAUGGGGAAAUUCCAACCAGUACAAAAUUUCCCUUUAAAAAGGAAUUUAAAGAUUUGGAAAACAUGGAUUUGCCCGGGAUACUUGAAGCAAUACAUGACUUCCAGGCACGAUUAGAGUGCAUGAAAAGCGUCAACUCGGAGGCAAUCGACAGCUAUCAACAGUUGCAAAACGAAGUCAAAAGGCUGGAAGAGGGAAUACAAGAGUCUGUUGACCAAGCAAAAACUAUCGAGAAUGAAAUGUCCAAUUUAUACGACAAAUGGGAGCCCAAACUAACUAGCUUGGUAGAAACAAUUAGUACCAAAUUUAGCGAGUUUAUGGAGUCUAUUGAAUACGUUGGGGAAGUUGUUUUAUCCAAAACUGAUAAAUACGACUUCGAUUCAUACGGUAUUCAGAUAAUGGUGCAGUUUAGGAGAAAUGUCCAGUUGCAGCCGUUGGAUAAGUUUAUUCAAUCUGGUGGCGAACGCGCUGUGUCAAUUGCAAUUUACUCUUUGUCAUUGCAACACGUUACUCAUGUGCCAUUCAGGUGCGUUGAUGAAAUUAAUCAGGGUAUGGAUGCCAAAAACGAACGUCAUAUAUUCGAUUUACUCCUUAAAGAAGCCACGAAGCACGGCUCGGCACAGUAUUUGUUUGUAACACCUAAGUUGCUUCGAGACCUGAACUACAACGAACAUUUAUGCGUUUCAAUUGUUCACAACUCAAAAACUGUUUGUGAUGGUAUGAAAUUCCCUAAAAUAUAAAAAACGGGUUUUCAGAAGACUUCUAAUAUGAAUUUGUUGUCAUUUUGUCUAUUUAUGUUUUAUUACCAAGUUAAAAUAAAAGAAUGCUAUAUUUUUUGUUAA